AUGUUGAGUCGGCGGGUGUUUCUCCGGCUUCGGAACUGUGAAAAUGCCCUCAAAUCAGUGAGUGUGAAAAGGAGAUUUAUUUUUGAUUUUAGGGAGUGAGAAGUGCAUCAUCUCUCAGUGUUCCCCAUGAAAAAAUUUACAGGUCGGCACACUUUAAUAUCCAAAGACCUUUUGUUGCAAGAAGAUUUAUCCAUCUCUCUGCUGGAUUAAGUUAGUUGAUUAUUGGUAUAACUAUUCGUUUACGUUUCUUUGUUUCUACUUGAUUUUUUAGGAGGAGAAGUUGUUGAGGUUGAAGGACCAGCCUUUGCUGAAUCUAUUACUGAAGGAGACAUUCGGUGGAUCAAACGUAGGUUAUUUCAAGUUUAUUCGACUUUUUGGAAAAUUUUAAUUUUGUAAUCUUUUGCUAAUCCUAAUCUAUUUUCAGAGAAAGGAGAUUUUGUCGAAGCCGACGAACUCGUUGCCGAGAUUGAGACAGAUAAGGUAGAGUUGGCUAAAUUUUUUAUUCAUUUUUUAGACAUCUGUUGAAGUUCCUGCUCCGUUUUCCGGAACCUUGGUGGAGCUUCUAGUUGAGGAUGGAAACAAAGUUACAGCGAAGCAAAAGCUUUACAAGUUGGAGAAGGGUGCGGCUGGAUCAGGUUCGGCCGCAGCGGCCGAACCAAAGAAGGAAGAAACUGUUCCAAAGAAAGAAACACCUGCUGCUGCUCCUCCUCCUUCACAACCAAAGGCUGAGGCACCGAAGCCAGCUUCAAGUCGUUAGUUGCAUUUUUUUACCGUUUAAUUUAUUUUUGCUUUUAGCUAUUCCGUCCUCUCCCCCUCCUGUUCCCCCUACUCCAUCUGGCCCAAUAAAUCUCCAACCCAUCGAUGAUAUCCCAGUGACUCCAAUCGUCGGUUUGAAGGCCCCGGCUGACGGAAAGAAUGCCAUUACAGGGGAGCGUAGUGAGACUCGUGUGAAGAUGAAUAGAAUGAGACAACGGAUCGCUCAACGGCUGAAGGAAGCUCAAAAUGUGAACGCGAUGCUCACUACUUUCAACGAGAUUGAUAUGUCGUGAGUGCUUUGGAGAGCUAGUCUUAUGUUGUUUAGGAAUAUUAUGGCUCUCCGUAAGAAGUAUCAAGAUCAAUUCGUCAAGAAACACGGAAUUAAGCUUGGUCUUAUGUCUCCUUUCAUCCGUGCCUCUGCCUUAGCCCUUCAGGAUCAACCAGUAGUGAACGGUGUAAUUGAAGGGGAAGAGAUAGUUUACAGGAACUAUGUGGACAUCUCUGUCGCAGUAGCAACACCAAAGGGAUUGGUUGUCCCGGCAAUUAGGAACGUAGAGCAGAUGGGGUAUGCUGACAUAGAGAAGACAUUGGCUGAGUUAGGAAAGAAGGCGAGGGAUAAUAAGAUCGCCAUCGAGGAUAUGCAGGGAGGAACCUUCACCAUUAGUAAUGGAGGUGUCUUUGGUUCCCUUUACGGAACACCAAUUAUUAAUCCCCCUCAGUCUGCCAUCUUAGGAAUGCAUUCAAUUAAAGAUCGGCCGGUAAGUGAACUCUGGUGUAUCAAUAUUGCUUUAGAUUGCUGUCAAUGGUGAAGUCAAGAUCCGUCCUAUGAUGUACGUAGCUUUGACAUACGACCAUCGUCUGAUCGACGGAAGAGAGGCUGUUCUGUUCCUCAGGAAAAUCAAGGAGGCCGUUGAAGAACCGGCUACAAUCCUAUUAGACCUUUAA